AAUGUUUGUAUUUGAGGGAUUAUAUGGAUCUUGAAAUUUUGCCUUCUGGUCAGUUGGAUGGAUGAAAAWUGAGGCUGUUUUUUCAUUUUUUUUAUUGGGCUGAAUCUUAUGUAUCAUGAAAGAUAUAAAAAGAUCAAAUAAGAUAUUUUAGAACUUCUAAAUUUGUCUUCUUGUGAAUUUAAGAGGCUUCGGCUGCUUAAAAAAACUAGCUAAGUCAYAAGGAAAUCUCAAGCAAAUCACAUGGAACAACUGGGCUCUUUAGUACCCACUAGUCAGUACAUAUGACAUUCCGAAAGCCGGUUAUUUUCAACUUCGGGGACUCGAAUUCCGAUACAGGUGGCUACUCUGAGGGACUUGGACUCAGAUUUGGACCCCCAAAUGGCCRCACAUUCUUCCACAAACCAUCAGGAAGAUUAUGUGAUGGACGUCUAAUGAUUGAUUUUCUAUGUGAAAGUGUGAGUUCUGAUUAUCUGACCCCAUAUCUUCGAUCUGUGGGCUCAAAUUUCACUGAUGGAGCUAACUUUGCAAUAUCUGGUUCAUCCACUCUGCCAAGGAAUCAUCCAUUUAAUUUGAACGUUCAAGUUCUGCAAUUCCUUCAAUUUCAAUCAUGCUCCCUUGAGCUUAUUUCGAAAGGCUAUAAAGACUUGGUUGAUGUGGAGGGAUUCAAGAAUGCACUUUACACGAUCGACAUUGGACAAAAUGAUCUUGCUGGUUCAUUCACUUACCUGUCUUAUCCGCAAGUCAUCCAGAGAAUCCCGUCUUUUGUUUCUGAGAUUAGAGAUGCCAUAUGGAKUAUAUAUCAACAUGGAGGAAGAAACUUUUGGGUACACAACACAGGGCCAUUGGGAUGUAUGCCUCAAAAGCUUGCUACAACAGCUGCAAAUGCUAGUGACAUUGACAAUCAUGGCUGCCUACAAGCCCUCAACAAUGCUGCAAAAGAAUUCAACRCUCAGUUGAAAGCUGCAUGUGGAGAACUAAGAUCCGCUUUGACGAAUGCCACCAUCGUGUACGUCGAUGUCUACGCCAUCAAAUACAACCUCAUUGCCAAUUCCGCAUCGAACGGGUUCGAGAAUCCAUUGAUGGUUGGAGCCAAUGUAGAUUGGAAAGGAUCGAUUAUUCUCCCACUAGUACUGAAUGCAGACUCAGAAGCAACUGUGGAUACUGGAAUAGCUAAAAUAUCUCGUGCAAUUUUACUAAGAACCUUGUAUCUAGAAGAAUUGUCCUUCCACCAAUCUAAGAUAUCAAAAUUCUUCUCACGCUUUACACGAGGCUCCAAUAUAUAAAUAUCCACCUCUGUAUCCACACUUUGAGUAUCAUCAUCCAUGUCAUCAAUACAACGAAAAGCAUCUGAAGCGGACAAACAUGACGAACUACUCCUUGAAGCAAACAAAGAAGAUGAACUAC